GAGGAGCCAGCGCGUGCAUACCACCGUGUAGUCCCCACGUAGUCCCCACCUAACGACCGCCGCUACCGCUACUUCUACCCCCCGCAUGAUGCAGAGCACGCUCCUAAAGAACGUGCACGGGCAGCUGUGCAGACGCCGAAAUGGCAGUGGGAAGUGCUGCCAACAGUUGGUGCGCGUGAACCCAGCGGAGGGGGCGCCCCUCGGCGCCAGGGGGGUCAGCUCGGUUGGGGGGUGCACCCGCAACUGCGAGCGUGAUUACACAAGGGGCUGCCAUGGUGGCCACGCUUCCCACGAUGCUGCCCACUAUGCUUCCCCCUACGCAUGGCACUUCACCGCUGAGUCCUCACUGGCACACCGCGCAAAGAGUCCCUGCGUCCCCUGGAUGGGCAGCUCCCGCGCGUUUGGCACGUAUGGCACGUCUGGUACAUUUGGCACACUUGGCACUUAUGACCAGCGCUAUGGCGUCCUCCGCGUAGGGGCAAACAAAGUGGAGCACCCCCUGCUGGGCAACCACGCGGCGUUCGCCACGGGCUCCAAGAGCAAGAAGCCCGUAAAAGGCGCAGAGGAGAAAAAGGAAGCCACUAAGCAGUACCAAGCGGAUGGAGAAGGUGCGGCGAAAGGUGCACUUGGCGAAGAGACAAAUGAGGCAAACUUGAUGGAAGGAGACCCCUAUGAAGGAACAGAAAAUGUAGGGAAAAAAAAAAAAAGGUCCAAAGUGAAGCUAGUAGUGUACCUACUCAGCAUCGGAUUCGGAGGGUACGUCACCUACAAAGUGUAUCAAAAUGAUAUGAAUCUGUCAAAAGCAGAGGAAAAUAUAAUUAAAGAUUUGGUAAAUUUAAUUUACACAUAUGAAGAGAAGAUGAGCAAACAGAAUUCAAAGUUUAUAACUUGCUUGGGUGAAAAGCUAAAUAGGCAGAUAGCCAUGUACUUCCUUCAGAUGGACGCAGACAAGAGCUCAGGCUUCCUCAUCAGUGACGCGCUCUCCUUUUUAAAUGAUUUGAACAUAAAAGAAGAUAAUGCCAUUGUAAAAAGUUUUAUUAAAAAUGGGGUUGGGAAGAACACAGAAAUGAAGAAGCUGUCUGGCUGUUCUCUACAGCAGUUCGCGGAGCUCCUGGAAAGCCUAAUUCUCGUGAGCAAAACGAGGCAGCAAAAUGGGUCCGCACAGGGGGAACUUCAAAAUGGUGGCAGUGAGGAUGGCUACUACCUGCAUAUUCUUCAGAAGUACUUAAACUGCCUAGUCAACAUGGUCAGGGCGUCCGACUUGUAUUUGUACCUCCAGAUGAAGAAGAGUGCCACGUCCUCUUCUUCUUCUUCUUCUUCUUCUUCUUCCUCCUCCUCCUCCACCUCUCCUGGAGAGGGCCAGGAAGAACUGGUGGACGAUUUAGAAAUGGCAAUCUUUAAUAAGCUCAGCAAGCACAAUGACAAAUAUGUGCAAAAGAAGAACCUCUCUCUGGAUUACCUGCUAAGCAAAGAGGAGCUAAGUAAGUUUCAAAAAAAUGCCAAUCUGUCUAGGAAGGAAGAAGAGAAGGAGCUACUCCUCAUCGAGAAAAAAAAAUUGGAAGAGAAAAUCCAGCUGCUGCUGACACUGCAAGCGAAAAAGAACUUAACCGAAACGGAGGUUAAGCGGCUACAGGAUUUGAAGGCAAAACUGAGGAGCGUCAAAUAUGCAAUAAAGAAGGAGGGGCUGAAGAAGUACUUCCAGUGA